AUGGAUCCUAACAACAAUAACCGCCUCUACCUAAACUUUGGGAAUGGCAACGACCGUUUGACCGCCUCGGAUAGGGCCGCAUAUCCCACUACGCCUUCGACAUUUCCUCAGCCAGUGUUCCCUUCAGCAUCUGGCCAACAGUCUUCUGGCGGAUUACAGCCUCAGCCUCAACAGCAGCAGCAGCAGCAGCAGUACGCCGGUGGUUAUGCGCCACAGGGUUACUUUAACCAGAACCAAUAUGCUCAGCAGCAGUAUGGCGGGCAACAACAGCAGCAACAGUCGAGCGACUAUUCUCAGGGCGCUGGGUAUCAACCACGAUCUAAUACUCCUGGCACCAACGACCCCAACACCGGUCUCGCCCAUCAGUUCUCUCACCAGAACCUAGGAGGUGCCGCUCGAGGACAGGGCUAUGCUCGAGCACCCUCGCAAGGCCAGCGUCCUAGAACCGCUGGCUCUUCAGGACAGCAGCCUGGUUACAACAACUAUAUGAACGCCCCUCCCAUGCCCACUCAAGGAUCCGCCCCAGUGGACGAGUUCCAACGAGCACCUGAGCGAAACCCUGACCGAUAUGGUACCAAUGCCAAUAGCAACCAGAAGAAGUGCUCUCAGCUCGCAGCCGACUUUUUUAAGGACAGUGUCAAGCGAGCACGCGAGCGCAACCAAAGACAAAGCGAACUGGAGCAAAAGCUUCAGGACCCUUCUCAGGGCUCCGCUAGACGCGAGCAGCUCUGGUCAACCGCUGGCAGAAAGGAAGGCCAAUACUUACGCUUCCUUCGCACCAAGGACAAGCCCGAGAACUACAACACCGUCAAGAUUAUUGGAAAGGGCGCUUUUGGAGAGGUCAAGCUUGUGCAGAAGAAGGGAGAUGGCAAGGUCUAUGCCAUGAAGUCUCUGAUCAAGACAGAAAUGUUCAAGAAGGAUCAGCUCGCACACGUUCGAUCAGAACGAGACAUUCUCGCCGAGUCGGACAGUCCUUGGGUCGUCAAGCUCUACACCACCUUCCAGGACUCAUACUUCCUUUACAUGCUAAUGGAGUUCUUGCCUGGUGGAGAUCUUAUGACCAUGCUUAUCAAGUACGAGAUCUUUUCGGAAGAUAUAACACGUUUUUACAUUGCAGAGAUCGUUCUUGCUAUCGAAGCUGUCCACAAGCUGGGCUUUAUCCAUCGUGAUAUCAAGCCCGACAACAUUCUUCUUGAUCGAGGUGGACACGUCAAGCUCACCGAUUUCGGUCUGUCAACAGGCUUUCACAGACUGCAUGACAACAACUACUAUCAACAGCUCCUCCAAGGGCGAUCCAACAAACCGCGUGACCGUAACUCGGUUGCCAUUGAUCAGAUUAAUCUGACUGUCAGCAACAGGUCCCAGAUUAAUGAUUGGCGACGAUCCCGAAGACUGAUGGCGUAUUCUACUGUUGGAACCCCUGACUACAUUGCCCCUGAAAUUUUCACUGGCCAUGGUUACACCUUUGACUGCGAUUGGUGGUCGCUAGGUACCAUUAUGUUUGAGUGUCUAGUCGGCUGGCCUCCCUUCUGCGCUGAAGACAGCCACGACACGUACCGCAAGAUCGUGAACUGGAGACAGACUCUAUACUUUCCGGACGACAUAACACUUGGUACGGACGCAGAGCAUCUGAUCCGAAGCAUGGUCUGCAACACGGAGAACCGUCUGGGCCGCAGUGGUGCCCACGAGAUCAAGAGUCAUGCUUUCUUCCGCGGUGUCGAGUUCGACAGUCUCCGCCGUAUCCGCGCGCCUUUUGAGCCUCGCUUGACCUCCAACAUUGACACCACCUACUUCCCUACCGAUGAGAUUGACCAGACUGAUAAUGCCAGCGUCCUCAAGGCACAGGCCCUCCAGUCAGGCCGAACAAUCGAGGAGUCUCCAGAGAUGAGCUUGCCUUUCAUUGGUUACACAUUCAAACGGUUUGAUAACAACUUCCGAUAA